AUGUUUAUCCUGUUUGCUAUUGUCGCAGUGUUAGUAAUUGUCAUAGCCUUAAAGUUGAAUGAAACUUAUUUCAUUCUCUGUCUAUGCAAACGGGUGCGAACAAAAGAUGGCAGCAAGCUGGAGGAUAAAAUCACAGUAGUUCCGGGGAUUGUGCCACAAUUCGGCAAUAAUUUUGACCUCUUAGAAUCGUCACCAAAGGCCAUGUUUCAAUACGGCCGCAAUAAUCUUCGAUAUGCCAAGGGCAAAAGCUAUUUGCUGUACUUUUUGACAGCCCCUGUUUACAGUAUUGCAACUGCUGAAGAUGCAGCCGAAUUGUUGCAGAGUACCACAGUGUUGGAUAAAUCGUUCAUAUAUAAACUUCUAAUAGCUUUUUUGGGCGAUGGCUUGCUAAUCAGCUCAGGUCACAAAUGGUUUUCCAGGCGUAAAUUAUUGACCCCAGCAUUUCAUUUCAAUGUUCUGCAAACAUUCAAUGAUAUAUUCAAGGAAGAAAGCUUAAAACUUUUAAAGAAAUUGCAGUGCUUACCAAAGGAAGAAAUUGAAGUUAAUGAUAUUGUAACGGAAUUCACAUUAAACAAUGUAAUUGAAACCGCUUUGGGUGUCAGUUUAGAUGAUUUAGUUGGCAGUGCUCAAUAUCGCAAAACCAUUCAUGACAUUGAAGAGGUUGUUAUAGAAAGGAUCUUCAAUCCCUUGAUGUUCUAUGACAUCGUAUUUCGCAUGUUUGGAAGAUAUAAGAAGCAUAAGCACGAUUUGAAGAUCGCCAGUGAUUUCAGCAGUAAGAUCAUUCAGAAGAAGAGAGAAGAAUAUCGCCAAAAGCAAGCCCAACGAAGGGAUAAUGAAGAGGAAAUCGAUGAAUAUGGCAAAAAGAAGCGUUAUGCCAUGUUGGAUACUCUGCUGGAUGAAGAGUCCAAGGGGAAUAUUGACCAUGUGGGUAUAUGUGAUGAGGUCAACACCUUCAUGUUCGAGGGAUAUGAUACCACCUCCACAUGUCUGAUAUUUACCAUAUUGAAUUUGGCCCUACACCCCAAGGCACAGGAAAAAUGUCGUCAAGAAUUGGCAAAUAUAGGUGAUUUCUCUAGCCUAACUGUAUUUGACUUUAAUAAAUUAGAUUACUUGGAGUGUGUGAUUAAGGAGACAUUGCGUUUAUAUCCUUCGGUACCGUUUAUUGCACGCACCUGUGUGACCGAGACUCAUAUCAAUGACCUUAUAUUGCCCGCAAACAGUCAAGUGAAUGUUCACAUAUAUGACAUAAUGAGGGAUCCCAGACAUUUUUCAGAUCCUUCCGCUUUUAAGCCAGAAAGAUUCACACCAGAAAAUUCCGCAAAUAGACAUCCUUUUGCCUUUGUGCCCUUUAGCGCAGGAUCAAGAAACUGUAUAGGCCAAAAAUUUGCCAUACUGGAAAUGAAGGCUGUAUUGGUUGCCUUAUUGCAACAUUUUGAAAUAUUGCCCGUUACCAAAUUGGAAGAUUUGUCCUUCGAAUAUGGCUUGAUUUUGAGAACAUCGCAGAAAAUUUAUGUGAAACUAAGGAAAAUUGUAAAAUAG